UGCGCUAAUACACAAUCCAAUUCCUUCGCUUUUAGCCGCCGCAACUUCGUAGGGUUUUGAUACAGAGAGGGAGAGAUAGAGGGGGAGGACGAAGAGGAGGCGAUCUCUAGGGUUUUGAGAUCUCGGGAUGGUGGCGUUUAGGUUUCACCAGUACCAGGUGGUGGGGAGAGCGCUCCCCUCGGAGGGCGAUGAGCACCCGAAGAUCUACCGGAUGAAGCUGUGGGCCACCAACGAGGUCCGCGCCAAAUCCAAGUUUUGGUACUUUUUGAGGAAGCUCAAGAAGGUGAAGAAGAGCAAUGGACAAGUUUUGGCGAUCAAUGAGAUUUUUGAACGGAAUCCAACCAAGAUCAAGAAUUAUGGCAUUUGGCUCCGGUACCAAAGCAGAACAGGCUACCACAACAUGUACAAGGAAUACCGCGACACUACUCUGAAUGGUGCUGUUGAGCAGAUGUAUAAUGAGAUGGCAUCUCGUCAUCGUGUCAGGUUUCACUGCAUACAAAUCAUCAAAACUGCAACUGUUCCUGCUAAGCUUUGCAAGAGAGAGAGUACAAAGCAAUUCCAUGAUUCCAAAAUUAAGUUCCCCCUUGUGUUUCGGAAGGUUAGGCCACCUACGAGGAAGCUUAAAACCACAUACAAGGCUUCAAGGCCCAACUUGUUCAUGUGAUUUGCUCACACUGAAUUUGAUAGCCUUGCUAGACGAGGUUGAAAGUUCAGGUGAUAGUUACAUAUAUGCAGAUUACUGUUUUCAAUUUUCUGAUUGAAAUUUUCAUUUUGGCAGUCUUUGUUUUUUUUUUUUUUUUUCCUGUUUUUAAAACUUUGUGCUUCGAAGUUUUAGUCAAUUUCAUUUGAUGAAUCACAUAAUCAUUUUGUUUAAUUGUUGUAGCUGCUAUUGUUCAGCUUUAAGUGGGAAUUUUGGGUUGUUGAGUA